AGGACCGGUGGACGGAACGGCGGAGUGUGAAGAGAGUUGGAGAAAAGAAACGGCAAUCUCGAGAAUAAAAGGGAAGAGUUUCGCGCAUUCUCUGCGAUUCUAAAUUACUUCUGACAGAUUCGGUGGCACAAUAUCAGAGUAAUCGAUCGAAUAAUCGAGUCAGGCGAAAAGCGGUGGAAGGUGAGCGCUGUCCGCGAGAGGCCGAUGAUGUCCGCGAUGGGUAAGCCGGUGCUUUAUUCCUAUUGGCGAAGUUCCUGCUCCUGGAGGGUAAGAAUUGCAUUGAACCUAAAGGAGAUACCAUAUGAUAUAAAGCCUGUUAGUUUGGUGAAGAGUGGUGGAGAACAACAUUCCAAUGAAUUCCGCGAGAUUAAUCCAAUGGAACAAGUCCCUGCGCUACAUAUUGACAAUCAUACUUUGAUAGAGUCUUUGAAUAUCUUACAAUAUUUGGAAGAAACUAGGCCAAAUCGUCCAUUGAUGCCGGCGGAUCCUGUCAAAAGAGCUAGAGUGAGAGAGAUUUGCGAAGUAAUUGCCAGUGGUAUACAACCAUUGCAAAAUCUUGUUGUUCUGAUCUAUGUUGGAGAAGAACGUAAGAAGGAAUGGGCGCAGCAUUGGAUUACUAGAGGAUUUACAGCUGUGGAGAAGUUGUUAUCGUCGAGCGCGGGCAAGUACUGUGUCGGCGAUGAGAUUACAUUAGCGGAUUGUUGCUUGGUACCACAGAUAUUCAACGCACGAAGAUUUCACGUUGAUCUCAGACCCUUCCCUACGAUUCUGAGGGUAGACCGUCAUUUGGAACACCAUCCGGCCUUCACUGCGGCUCACCCCAACAAUCAGCCCGAUUGUCCGCCCGAAGCGACCAAGUAGCAAGCGAGGCAGACCACCCUUUUCCUCUUCUAAUUUUUUAGGGGUGGAAAGAGGUGGUCCAUCGUGUGGUGUCAUAGUGAUAAAAGGUGAACAUGAGUUUAAUUGCAUUUGUUCGCAUUUCUAAUGUGUUUGAAUGGUAACAAAAAGUUUUGUUUCUAUAACGUAACUAAAAAUGUAAUCUAGAAGAAAAUUGAUAUUUAUUAAUUAAAUAAUAUUAAGUAGUCCAACCUUCUGCCAUUAUCAUGAAAAGCGACUGAAUGUAUUUUUAAUUACACGAAUGGGUCCAAUCAUUGGAAUAAUGAAUAUACAAGAAGUUAAUUUUUACUUAUAUACUUUUAGCGAAGAAAUUGCAUUAUCUUGAUAACAGUAUUUGUAUACAGAUUGGUACAGAUUCACCUUUUAUCAUUUAUGAACUGCAUAUUAGCAUUGAAAUGGUUAGCGGCGUCACGAAAGCGAAUAUAUCGGGCAAAUAUAUUGAUCUUGAUUUGAAUAUCCUGUUAUAAUGCACAAUGCCGCUUAUUUUAGAACAAAGAUCCUUAAGCCAUUUCUGUAGUCAAGAGCAAAGGAAAAUAUGUAU